CUCUCUCUCCGUCUCUGUGUCCCUCCCUCUCUCCUGAGUAUAUAACAAAGGUCGAAACAGCAGUUCAUUGGAGGCGAGCUAUCAAAUCGACGAAUCUGAUAUACAGUCACAAAAUGGGGGCAGAAGAAGCAGCAGCCGCUAUGGAAAAAGAGAAGCUCACAUCUCAUAACCCAAGGACGAAUCCCAUCACGGAGGCUCAGUUCCUAUCCUGGAAGCGGCAGAAGGAUGCUGAGGCAUCUGCUAAAAGAGAUGAAACAGCUAGGAAGCGUGCAGAGGAUAUAGCCACAGGAGCUGUGCAAAUGAAUGGGCGAGAGCUUUUCUUGCACCAACCAUGGGUUUUUGAUAAUACCCAAUAUUGAAGUUGGUUUCAAGUUUCAUUGAAGGUAAAAGCUGUACAAAAACAAUUGAAUUGGAUCUAGACAAAGAUGAAUCCAAAUAUAGGAGCUGAUUUGUCCAACACUGUUGGCCUAAAAUGAACUUUAUGAUGUUUAUUCGUAUUCUCCAGUCUGCAAAUCAUGUGAAAACAAAUGUAAUGUUUCCUUUCUUUAAUAGGUCCUUAUAUCAUGAAAUUUUUUUCA